GAGAUGGGUCCUCUCUUCUACGGCUUUGGCACCGACAGCAUUGCUGCGAUAGCUUACCAGUUCAAUGACACGAGAAACGAGUUUGAGAACACCGUUGCCAUUGUCAGCCGCCGGGACUGCGUGCCAAUCAUCAGUACAACCACCAUCCUCCGUCCCGGAAACAACUAUUUGAAAGCUCUGGGCUACAACAACAUCUUCCCCGGCAUCAGGGACAGCUCCGUCUUUGACCCCCCAUCCUACUGUAGAAAGAGUGCCAAGAAUGCUGUCAACACCGUGUAUGAUAUCCGCCGUGUCUAAAGAAGUUUUACGUGUCUUACUGUGUAAUACGAAGCUGGAAACGCCAUUGUCGAACAACGAACGAAUGGAUUGUAACUGAGAAUAAAGUAUGCAUUUGU